AUGAUUGCUCAUAACUUCAGAUCGCUGCUACUAGUAGCAAUUGUAAUAAGUAAUUGUAUAACUGGGACGGCUUCGAAACACAAUAUAUUUAACCAGGAUCACCAACACCACACUAGACCUAGGCGGCAAGGCUUGUAUUCACCUGCAUCCUACGUCAUACCCGAAGGAGAGGGGUCAGGACCCUGGGGAGACUGGGGCGAUAUCUCCACUUGCUCUAGGACCUGCGGAGGAGGCGUGGCCAGCCAGAAGAGGGUAUGUCUAGAGCCAAGUCCACAGAACUCGUGUACUGGCGGCGACACGAAGUACUUCUCGUGCCAGACUCAGGACUGUCCCGCCGGCUCGGGCGACUUCAGAGCCGAGCAGUGCGCAGAGUUCAACGACAAAGAGUUCAGUGGUUAUAUUUACAAUUGGGUGCCGUACACGAAAGCCGUAAAUCCCUGCGAGCUAAACUGCAAGCCACAUGCAGAGCAGUUUUACUUCCGACACAAGCAGCGCGUGGUAGACGGCACCAGGUGUAAUGAGGACUCCUUCGACGUGUGUGUCAACGGUGUCUGUCAGCACGUGGGCUGUGACAUGAUGCUGGGCUCCAGUGCCAGAGAGGACAAGUGUCGGGAGUGCAGAGGGAACGGCACCACCUGUCACACCAUGGAGGGAAUAUUGGACUCUCAAGAUCUCUUAACAGGCUACAACGACAUCCUGCUGAUUCCUGAAGGCUCCACCACCAUCAUUAUUGAGGAAAUAGAACCUUCCAAUAACUACUUAGCAUUAAGAUCUAAAAACGGCACGUACUACCUAAACGGUCACUACCACAUCGACUUCCCGAGGAGUAUCAUGAUUGCUGGUGCUCUCUGGACAUACGAGCGCAGCCAGCAAGGUUUCCAUGCGCCUGACAAACUCCGCUGCAAAGGACCUAUUACAGAACCUCUGUAUCUUUCCCUUUUACUUCAAGACGAAAAUGUGGGAAUCAAGUAUGAAUUCAGCGUUCCCAACCGUUUUAAGAUGCCCAACGACCAGCAAUACAACUGGGUGCAUGAAGAGUACACGCCAUGUAGCGCCACCUGUGGUACAGGUUUUCAAACCCGCAACGUGACAUGCAGAUCGAAGGAGGAGUUGGAGGUGGUUGACAACAACUUGUGUGAUGAGGGUCUGAAGCCCCCCACGAACCAGUCCUGUAAUCAAGACCCCUGCCCCGCGCAGUGGGUGGCGGGACCUUGGGGAGACUGCUCUAAGAGUUGUGGCAACGGAGGUGUCAAGUCUCGGGAGGUCACCUGCCAGAAAGUCAUUGCUAAUGGUAUUGCCACCAUAGUCCCCGAUAAGGAGUGCUUGGAGUUACUGGGGAUUAAACCUGAAGUAACGCAGAUAUGUAACGAAGAUGUGUCCUGCCCAGGCUGGUUCGUUGGACAAUGGAAAUCGUGUGACAAACUGUGUGACGAGGGCAAGCAGACAAGACAGGUGGUAUGUCGCCAGAAAAUCAGUGGCCGUGUGACAGUUCUAGGGGAUGGAAACUGCACAGACGAGAAACCAACAGCUGAGCAGAAGUGUAUGAUACGGCCCUGCUAUGGUGUGGACUGGGUGACUUCCGACUGGUCUGAGUGUGACACCUGCAUCUCAAAGAGGCGGACACGAAGGGUGUUAUGUUUGAUGAUACACCCUGAGACACACAUUAGAGUGAAUGACAGCUUCUGUAGCCACCACCCACGUCCAGUGGUGCAGGAAGAAUGUGAUCAGGACCACCUCUCACCGUCUAAGGCGCAGUGGCAUACUACGGAGUGGAGCAAUUGUUCCGUGCACCGCGGCGUUAGAGUUCAGACUAGGAGGGUAUUUUGUGGCGUUAUCAAAAACGAUAGCGUGGAACAAGUGGAGGAAUCAAAUUGUGCUCACCUCCUGAAAUGCAAUGACACCAAACCAUGCUCCGAAUCCAAAGAGGAAUAUCCUUUGCAGUGGUUCACUGGACCCUGGUCUUCAUGUACCAAAGACUGCGGUGGAGGGGAACAAUACAGACGUGUCAUGUAUAUGCGAGGGUUUGAGGAGGCCGACGAAUUACCCUGGGAAAAUAUGCCAAGUAUUAAACAGUUAUGCAACACUGAACCUUGUAAUCCAGCAAUAAUUAACCCAAAGCAUAUAAGCAUCGUUGAUGUAAAUAAGCCGUUAUGUAACGAGACUAAGUUCGGCUGCUGUCCUGAUAACAGGACUCCCAGUCUAGGACCAUUUGAUCAUGGCUGUGGCAAACCACGCACAUGCAACAAAUCCACCUACGGUUGCUGUCCUGAUGGUGUGUCCCCGAAGCUUGGCGACACUGAUGAAGGCUGUCCCGUGGAGGCGUGCGCAGACACACUGUUCGGCUGCUGCCUCUCUGACAAUAAAACCGCAGCUCAAGGCAAUGACCAGGAGGGAUGCCCACCACCACCGCCUGCAUGCGCAACGUCUGAUUGCUAUGCUGAUAACGAGACUAAGGCCGUCGGACCCAAGACGACAGGAUUCCCUGAAACCGAAACUUCAACCACUGUAGCUGGUACAGAAACCACAAGUGAAACCACUGUAGCUCUUGAAAUGAGUGUAGGAAGUACGACCGGAGCAGACACCACGGCGGCAGGUAGCACGGAGGUCGGUAGCACCACCCUGGAGCUAUGCAGUGGAUCCGAGUUCGGAUGCUGCGCUGACAACCAGACUGAAGCCAAGGGACCCGACGGUCAGGGAUGUCCAUGCAAAGAGUACAGGCUGAUGUCAGUCGGCACGCUGGAGAUCGUGUCUCUAUACCGGAACGACACCGGAAACUACAUCUGUGUGGCCGGCAAUGGCCUCGGUGUGGCCACGCAGGAGAUACACCUGGUCGUCAAUGAUCCUGUAAGGACGCCUGCCAGGAUUGCUGGAGAUGAAAAUGCCAUUGUGAUUGGGGAGCUAGGCAGCCCGCUCUCAGUGCGGUGCCUUGCGAACGGGUACCCGUCGCCAUUUAUUUUAUGGUUCAGGGGUAAUGAACUAUCAAAGGUGCUAUACAGUGAUGAUGUGUACGAAGCAAGAGGUAACGUGCUUCUGAUCAGAAAUCUGGCUAUGGAUACUCUCGGACAGUACACGUGCCAAGCGUACAAUGGAGAAGGCAAGAUGGCCUUAUGGGUUGUAAAUGUUCGCGCAUAUAGACCUAGGGGACUGUACACUGACAAUGAUCUGUUAGUGCCGCGUGAGACAGAGGCUCCCACUACCACAGAGUGUACUGACACACAUAUACCUGUGUUUAAUGAAACCUCAACUGACACUGCUGAAGCUCUUAAAACGAGUGAAGGAAGCACGACCGAAGCAGACACCACGGCGGUCGGUAGCACGGAGGUCGGUAGCACCACCCUGGACCUAUGCAGUGGUUUCGAGUUCGGAUGCUGCGCUGACAACCAGACUGAAGCCAAGGGACCCAACGGUCAAGGAUGUCUAUGCAACGCUACUGAGUUUGGUUGUUGUCCUGAUUAUGUCUCUCCAGCUAAAGGAGCAGACAGUGAAGGUUGCCCGGGUCCCUGCAGCACAUCACCGCACGGUUGCUGCGAGGACAACAAGACCCCUGCUCACGGACCGAACUUCGAAGGAUGUUGCUUAUUGCAAGCGUUUGGAUGCUGCCCAGACAACCGCAAGCCUGCCGAAGGACCACAUCUUGAAGGAUGUGGGUGUCAGUACUCGCUCCACGGAUGCUGCCCUGACAACGUUACCAUCGCUCAGGGAGCAGACAACCAGGGCUGCGGCUGUCAGUACACACAGCAUGGCUGCUGUCCGGACAGACACACGGCUGCCUCUGGCCCCGACAACGAAGGCUGUGGCUGCAGCACGCACCAAUUCGGUUGCUGUCCUGACGGCGUCACUAUCGCCAAGGGACCUGAACAGCAGGGCUGCCACUGCCACUACUCCUUGUACGGCUGCUGUGGAGACGGCGUUACUCCAGCGACUGGUCCUGACGCUGCAGGCUGCGACUGCUCUUCCAGUAAACAUGGUUGCUGCCCCGAUGGAACUACUGAAGCGGCUGGUCCUAAGUUCUUUGGGUGUACUGAUGUUCCUGAAAAUAAACAAGCUGCCUGCAGCUUACCUACGGACCCAGGCUCAUGUCACAACUUUACGGCGAUGUGGUACUUCGAUAUGACAUACGGAGGCUGUUCCCGUUUCUGGUACGGAGGCUGUGAGGGCAACGGUAACGUCUUCGCCACUAAGGAGGACUGUGAGGACGUGUGUGUACAGCCCUCACCUAAAGAAGUAUGCAACCUUCCGAGCGUAAAGGGUGCCUGUGGCGGUAGUUACGAGCACUGGCACUACAACAGCACGCGCGAGCAGUGUGUUCCGUUCCUGUACGGAGGAUGUCUCGGUAACGCCAACAACUUCGAGACACGGGAGCUCUGCCAGAACCAGUGCGAGCCUAAAGCAGUUGAAGGACAAUGCGACCUGCCAAUCGAGCAGGGCUCGUGUGCCGGCAACUUCAGCCGCUGGGGCUUCAACCCUGACACUCGGAGCUGCGAGCAGUUUAUAUGGGGAGGAUGUGAGGGCAACUCCAACCGGUUCAAUACUGAGGCCGCUUGUCAGAUGCGCUGCAACCCACCAGGGUCACAACCACCUCAGUGCGCAGAGCCACAGGAAGCAGGCUCUUGUGGCAAUAAGGAAGCUCUCUGGUCCUUCAGUGUGUCAGAAAACCGCUGCGUACCAUUCUACUACAGCGGCUGUGGAGGCAACAACAACCGGUUCCCGUCCAGGGAGGCUUGUGAACACACCUGUCCUGCCGCUUACGUGCCCGAUAAAUGCACGCUGCCCGCCGAAACUGGACAGUGCACCAUCUACAGCGAACGGUGGUUCUUUGACACCAUGUUCAAGAGAUGUCGUCAGUUCUACUACGGCGGUUGUGGAGGUAACGAGAAUAACUUUGCUACCGAGGCGGAGUGUGAAAACUCGUGCUCCGAGCUUAAGACAACUACUACGACCGACACUACUAUCACAGUCAGGCUUACAGAACCUCCGCCGCCGCCUGUACCCAAAGAACCAUCAAAAUCUGACGGACCAACGCCACCACAAGCGUUGCCGCAGCAAGAACCCCAGGUGACAGCUUCGGAAGGCGGAAAAGCUACCCUUCGCUGUCCGUUCGACGGCAACCCUCCGCCCAAAAUCACGUGGAGACGUGGAGAGCUCACUAUCGACGGCAACGCGGGUCGCUACAGGCUGAUGUCGGACGGCGCACUGGAGAUCGUGUCUCUAUACCGGAACGACACCGGAAUCUACAUCUGUGUGGCCGAGAAUGGCCUCGGAGUGGCCAUACAAGAGAUACACCUGGUCGUCACUGAUCCUGUAGUGACGCCUGCCAGGAUUGCUGGAAACGAGAAAGCCGUGGUAAUUGGGGAGCUGGGCAGCCCGCUCUCAGUGCGGUGCCUGGCGUAUGGAUACCCGCCGCCCACCGUGUUCUGGUACUACAUCAAUAAUGGAACGAUAGUACCAUAUAAUAACGCCGUGUUUGAAGCGAGAGGCAAUGUGCUCCUCAUCAGAAGUCUGGCUAUCGAAACUCUUGGACAAUACCAGUGCCAAGCGUACAACGGAGAAGGCAAGGCGGCAUCAUGGGUGGUCAAUGUACGCGCAAACAGACCUGAGGGACUGUCUACUGAGAUCGACAUGUUAGUGCUGCGCGAGACACAGGAUCCCACUACCACGGAGUCUAUUGAUGUACACAUACCUAUAUUUACUGUGCCGGUGUUCGUGCACGUGACGGCGUCGACGACAAGUAUCGGCAAAGACCUGAAACUCACUUGCGAAGUGGAUGGAUACCCGGAGCCUGAUGUCUACUGGACAAAGGACGGCGUACGUCUUGAAAACAACGAAAGAAUCCUUAUUACUGGUAACGUGGAAUCCCGGCUGACGGUGCAGCGAGUGACAGUCUCUGACAGCGGGCUGUACGCCUGCCACGCCAGCAACCUCUACACCUCGGGAACUGACACUGCGCAGGUUAACAUAAAGCAAGUUUUUGUACCACCUAAAUGCACGGACAAUCCAUUCUUCGCUAAUUGCGUCCAGAUCGUGCGCAGCAAAUUCUGUGCGCACAAGUAUUAUAAACACUUCUGUUGUAAGUCGUGCGUGGAGGCAGGUCAGCUCGCGCCCCCGGAGGAAUAG